AUGAGGAAUGCGAUAUUAGUGGGCAUCCACAAAGAGAGGAAGAGACACGAGAAGAACGCGGAGAAGUGGAAGGAGAGAGUUGAAGUACAGCAAAAGGUUAGAGUGGAGAAACAGCAAAAGCGAUCAGGGAACAUUGCUGAUAGGAUUGAACAAAACAAGAUCAGGAAGAAGAAGCUUCUUCGUCCUGGCUUUGAAGGUUGUAAAGAAGGGUUUGUGAAUGAAGGUGGAAAGUAA